AUGUUCAAGCUCAACGGCACAGUCUUCAUGCCCUCGAUGCUGACGCUGAUUGGAAUCCCUGGCUUGGAGUCUGUGCAGUUCUGGAUUGGGAUUCCCUUCUGUGCCAUGUACAUCAUUGCUCUGUUUGGCAAUUCCCUGCUCCUGCUCACCAUCAAAUCUGAGCGCAGCCUCCAUGAGCCCAUGUACCUCUUGCUGGCAAUGCUUGGAGUAACAGACAUUGCUCUCAGCACCUGUAUCCUACCAAAAAUGUUAGGAAUAUUCUGGUUCCAUUUACCAGACAUACACUUUGAUGUCUGUCUCUUGCAGAUGUGGCUCAUCCACACGUUCCAGUCAACUGAGUCUGGUAUCCUACUGGCCAUGGCCCUGGACCGCUAUGUGGCCAUCUGUGAUCCUCUGAGACAUGCAACCGUGUUUACCCACCGGCUUCUCAGUCAGAUCGGGGUUGGAGUGACACUCAGAGCAGCCCUCCUGGUAGCUCCAUGUCUCAUCCUCAUCAAAUGCCGGCUGAGAUAUUACUGGACCACUGUGGUCUCCCACUCAUACUGUGAGCACAUGGCCAUCGUGAAGCUGGCAGCAGAAGAUAUUCGAAUCAACAAGACCUAUGGUCUGUUCGUGGCUUUCAGUAUCCUCGGACUUGACAUCACCUUCGUCACACUCUCCUACAUCCGGAUAUUUGUAAUUGUCUUCAACCUGCCCCAAAAGGAAGCGCGACUCAAAGCUUUUAACACCUGCAUCGCCCAUAUUUGUGUCUUCCUUGAGUUUUAUCUCCUGGCUUUCUUCUCCUUCUUUACACACAGGUUUGGAUUCCACAUUCCACCCUACAUUCACAUUCUUCUGUCCAACCUUUACCUGCUUGUCCCCCCUUUGCUCAAUCCUGUUGUGUACGGUGUGAAGACCAAACAGAUUCGAGAUCGGGUGGCCAAGAUUUUCCACUCUGAAUAUAUAUCUUGA